AUGGAAUGCAGAAGGCAAUGGGAAGCUGUUCUCAAAGAGAAUAUGGAGUUCAUCAUUUGGCUUGCAUUCUGGAAAAGACUCAACAAUCCUGACCGUAUUAGCAUGUAUAUGAACAUCCCGGACGUGAGUUGUCUUAUAUGCAACGAAAAUGAAGAAACCAUCGAUCACUUAUUUGGGAGCUGUAGUAUAGCAUUGGAAAAUUGGGACAAAUUUUCUAGAAGUCUGGAGCUGAUUAUUUUUCCGAAGGAAUGGAAAGAAAUCAAAGAAGCAACACUAAUAAAAGCUAAAGGAAACAAAUUUGCAACAAACGUAUUCAAGUGCGGUUUUGAAGCAGUAGUUUAUAACAUUUUGCAGGAAUGUAAUGCGAGAGUCUAUGAAAGAACCCGUAGAAGUGUUGAAGAAUUAUGGAGAGACAUAGUCUCGGAUUUUGGUGCAAUUGCGUGA